GGAAACAAUUGCUGAUCCCAAAUGAAUGAAUCCCUGAUGGUGGAAUUUCAGGCAUCAGUUGCAGGCUGAACCUGGACUUCCAGGCCCCAUGUUUACACCUGAUCAAUGAUGGCCUGAAAUAUGAGCAAACCGGACUCUAUGAACAUGUCGGUGCAGGAGCCCCCACUUGACUACUCCUUUCGAAGUAUCCACGUAAUACAAGAUCUGAUAAGUGAAGAGCCAAGGACAGGACUAAGACCACUAAAGCAUGCAAAAUCGGGGAAGUCACUGACCCAGUCCCUGUGGCUGAAAAAUAAUGUCCUUAAUGACCUGAAAGACUUCAAUCAGGUGGUUUCACAGGUGAUAGAGCAUCCAGAGAACCUGGCCUGGAUCGACCUUUCCUUCAACGACCUAACUUCCAUUGACCCAAUUCUUACAUCUUUCUUCAACCUGAGUGUCCUCUAUCUCCAUGGUAACAGCAUCCACCGCCUAGGAGAGGUAAACAAACUAGCUGUCCUCCCUCGGCUGAGGAGCCUAACGCUCCAUGGGAACCCCAUUGAAGAAGAGAAAGGCUACAGGCAAUAUGUGCUGUGCACCCUACCCCGAAUCACCACAUUUGACUUCAGUGGGAUCACCAAAUCUGAUCGCAUCACAGCACAAGUGUGGAAGAGCAUGAACAUCAAGCCCAAGAAGGUCCGAGUCAAACACAGUCCACUCUGAGGUUACCACCAGGGUUAAAGGCCAGAGUGUAGCUGGACAAUAAACACUUUGAACUGUU